AACGAAAUGAAGUAAGUUUCACUUUCAGUGUAUGCGUGUCAGACAGAAUCUUCAUUCACAAUGGCGGCACCUCAGCUUCAUUUGUCCCCUGAUCGGUACUCGUGCUCGGUGUGUCAGGAUGUCCUGAAGGAGCCCGUCACCAUCCCAUGUGGACACAGCUACUGUUGGUGCUGUAUUAAUAAGUACUGGGACCAAUCAGAGAAAGAGGGCACCUAUAACUGUCCUCAGUGCAGAAGAACAUUCAGAGUGAAGCCAGAGCUUAAUAGAAACACCAUAUUGGCAGAUAUAAUAGAGAAACUCAAGGAAGUGCGAGUAGAUAUGAGUCCGUCUCAAAGUUAUGCUGGACCUGACGAUGUUCCGUGUGACUUCUGUACCCGGACGAAGCUGAAAGCUGUGAAGACUUGCCUGACCUGUAUGGCCUCCUAUUGUGAUCUUCACUUGCAGCCCCACUGGGAGUCUGAAACCUUUAAAAAACACAAACUGGAGGCACCGACUGGAAAAUUCAAACAGAAACUCUGCACAAAACACCAGGAGGUGUUGAAAAUCUUUUGUAGGACUGACGAAAGCUGUGUCUGCUUAAUGUGUGCAGUGACUGAGCACAGGAGUCACGACAUGGUGGCGAUAGAUGAAGAGCGAGCUGGGAGACAGGGUCAGUUGGAAAACAGAAAGGCUCAAAUGAAAAAAAGAAUUGAAGAGAAAGAGAAGAAGCUGAGAGAGAUGAAGGAGAUGGUAGUGAGGAUUCAGAGCUCUGCAGACAGAGAUGUUCAAGAACAAGAGGAGAACUUCAAGUCUGUGCUUGAGUCUAUUAAGAGGCUGAGGUCAGAGGUCACCGAGAUGAUUAGGGAUUACGAGAGAAGGGAAGUGAGAAAGGCCCAGGAGAUCAUUAAUCACCUGGAGAAGGUGAUCAAAGAGCUGAAGAGGAAAAAAGUUGAGCUGGCUGAGCUUUCACAGAUGGACGACCACAUCCACUUCUUAAAGAUGUUUCCAAAAUUUUCUGGCCCUUUAGGCAAUGGAAACACACCCAACAUUACAGUUCAUGAAGAUAUUUUGCCUGGGGCUCUGAGGAUGAGCCUUUCUUAUUUGAAGAAGCAUCUGGAUGAGAACAACAGCUGGAAGUUUGUGCAGUCUCAAGAGGCUGGUGUUGAUACAUUAGAUUAUGUUCUACAGAAUCUGAGAGAUAAAAAUUGGCUUUUAAAAUAUCCAGAAUCUAAUCCAGCAAUUUAUCGAAAAUGUUAUCGAAUUGUACUGCUUGGGAAAAUGGGAACUGGAAAGAGUGCAUCUGGAAAUCUCAUCCUCGGAGAUGAUGCAUUUGUGUCAUCAAUUUGCAGUUCAUCAAUUACAAACAGAUGUGAGAAAAAAGAAGGAACAGUCGAUGACAUAAACGUUUGUGUGGUUGACACCCCUGACCUCUUUGAUGAGUCAGAAGGGACUGUUACAGAGAUACUGAAAUGCAUGGAGUUGUCUGCCCCCGGCCCCGACGUUUUCCUGCUAGUACUGAAAUUAGGUCGCUUCACUAAAGAGCAGAGAUAUACUGCGGAGAUAAUCAGAGGAAUUUUUGGCCCAGAUAUACUGAAAUACACUAUAGUUCUUUUCACUUGUGGGGAUCUUCUGAAGAACAAAACAGUUGAAGAUUAUUUGAAAAACGCUGAUCAAAGCCUGAAGAAUCUGUUGGAGAGCUGUGGUAACAGGUAUCAAGUAUUCUCAAAUAAUGACAUCAAAAACCGUGAACAAGUAAAGGAGCUGCUGAGAAAAAUAAAAAGACUUAAAGAAGAAAAUAGUGGUUGUUACCAUAAGAGAUAUAUUCCACACAAAACAGAGUACUACCAGCAGAGGAUCAAAGUGUACCAGGAGCACUUCCGGGUGCACUAUAAAGGAGGCCGCCUCACUCCGUUCGAAGAGCCACAGUUGGCAGGGAAGAGAAAGAAAGCGUCAAAGACCUGCGUGACCUGCAUGGUCUCCUACUGCGAAACUCACCUUCAACCCCACUAUGAGUCUGAAGCUCUGACGAGACAUAAACUGGAGGAGCCGACUGAAAACACUGAAAAGAAACUCUGCAAAGAACAUCAGGAAUUUCUGGAACUCUUCUGUAGGACUGAUGAUCUCUGCAUCUGCUUAGUGUGCGCGACAACGGAACACAAAAGUCAUGACACGGUGACCUCCAGUGAAGAGAGACGUGGGAGACAGAAUCAACUAGACAGCAAAAAAGAUGAAGUGAAAAAGAAAAUUGAGGAGAAAAAGAAGAAACUGGAGGAGAUGAAGGAGGCAGUAAAGAGAAUUGAGGAAUCUUCACAACAAGAAAUACAGAAACACGAGGAGACCUUCAAGUCUGUACUUGAGUCCAUUGAGAGACUGAGGUCAGAGAUCAUUAAACUGAUAAAAGAUCAUGAGCAAAGGGAAUUGAGAAAGGCUGAAGAGCUCAUCGAGUGUCUAGAGAAGGAGAUCGAGGAGCUGCAGAGGAAAGCCACUGAGCUGGCCAAGCUUUCACAGACAGAAGAUCACAUCCACGUUCUCAGGAAGUUACCACUUCUCUGUGUCCCUCUUGGUGAUGGAGAUGCACCAGAAAUCAAAAUUAAUGAAGAUUUACUGCCUGAGACUUUGAGGACAAGCCUGUCUGAUCUGAAUAAGCUCCUGGAGGAGAUGAAUGGCUGGGAGUUUGUGAAGACAGAUGUGGCCGGUGUUCAAAAUUCUGGUCACAUCCUGCAGAACCUGAGGACCAGAAAUGGACUUUUAAAAUUUUCACGUCAGCUCAUCUUGGACCCCAACACGGCACAUGGACGCCUCCACUUGUCCGAAGGGAACAGAAAAGUGACUUAUGAGAAGAGCAAGAACAUCCAACAUGUCUCGCAUCCUGAUGGAUUUAAUUUUUGGUCUCAAAUUUUAUGCAAAGAUUCUCUGAGUGGGACUCGCUGCUACUGGGAGGUCGAGUGGAGUGGAGAAGCGGCAGCAAUUGGAGUCGCAUAUGAAGGAAUUGAAAGAAAAGGAAAAAGCAGGCAGUGUCUCCUUGGAUUCAAUGAAAAGUCCUGGUGUUUGCACUGCUUUGAUUCCAGUUGUUCUGUGUGGCACAAUAAGAAGAAGACUGACAUCAGUGUCCCCUGUGGUCACAAAAUAGGCGUGUAUGUGGACGGCAACGCUGGCUCUCUAUCCUUUUAUAGCAUCUCAGACACCUUGACCCUCCUGCACAGGUUCCACACUUCCUUCACCGAGCCACUCUAUCCAGCAUUUGGGCCAGCAUUGGAUUCUAACAUAACAAUUUGCCCUCUGAACCCAUCUGACCAGUGACCAGU